GUGGCAGCCCAAAUUACGGCAGCAGUUGACGUUAAUCCCUUUUGAAACCCAAAUCUAACAGUCUUGACAUUCCGGCGAAGGAGAAGAGAGGACAGGGCUCUUCUCCCUUCGAUCAGUUCUGGGAUUCCGUCAGAAGAGAGGAGGAGGGCAGGGUUCUUCUCCCUAUAUACCAUGGGAGUGCAGUGGGCUCUAGCGCUGCACGGCGUCAUAACGAUCCUCGUGGUCGUGUCUUUCCUCUGCGGCCAUUGGCCCAUCUUCCAGGGCACAUUCGUCCAGCGAAUCCACUACUUCAUCACCUCCGGCGCCUACGAUUUCUUCUUGAGAUUUGUUGCGAUUGUCUUUGGUCCCAGAGCGAGAAAUGUCUUCCUCAGAAUUGAAUAUUUCUGUUGUGAUCGGCCAAAUCCAAUCUUACAGCUAUUCUACCUGGGCAUACUUGGGGGAACCUACUACAUCAUUGCGAAGUCAUCUUUCAUAUAUAUUCCUGGAGUUUAUGUGAAUGAACUGCACAAGUAUACAAGUGUUUUGGCCGUUGUUGUGGGUGUUAUACUCUUUCUAUUGACGAGCUUUUCUGAUCCAGGAACCGUGAAUGCUAAGAAUGUUUCUCAAUAUAUAUCUGCUUAUCCUUAUGACAGCAUUUUAUAUUUUGAGAAGGAGUGCCCAACUUGCAAAAUUCCAAAGCCUGCUAGAUCCAAGCAUUGUGGCAUUUGUGAUAGAUGUGUCUCGCGGUUUGACCAUCACUGCGGAUGGAUGAAUAAUUGCAUUGGAGAGAAAAACACUCGAUAUUUCAUGGCAUAUCUACUUUGGCAUGCACUUUUAUGUUUAUAUGGUGCUAUUGUCCUUGGCUUGAUUCUUGCCGGACAGUUGAAAGAAAGGAAAAUCAUAUUCAUAUUAACAGUUUAUUAUGGCAUUGAUAAAUCAUUCUACAGUGUGUUCCCACAUUUAGUUCAGUGGCUUUUGAGUGCCCAUAACACACAGGUGCUUCUAAUUGUGUUUCUAGUCGUCGUUUCCAUACUCCUUGCUGGUUUUUGUGGCUACCAUGCUCAACUUUGCCUCACAAACACAACGACAAAUGAGACAUUUAAGUGGCAAGAGUAUUUGGAAUGGAGGAGGAAACUGAAUGAAGCCAAGGCUAGUGCUGCAGCAUUAAAGGCCAGCCUUCAUUCAGUGAACGGUGAAGUUAAGGUCCCUGAGAGCAAAUGCAGGCAGUUCUUUCGCAAAUCACCCUUGCAGAGUGAGGUGGUGGUUAAGAAUAAUGUGUAUGACAAAGGAAUUCUUAGAAAUGUUCUUGAGAUUCUGAUCCCCAUUUCAGAAAGGCAGUCAUUUUCACAUAGGAAAACCUUUUAGCAAAGCAGCAUUGCUCUCCCGUUUGUUGUUUAAAGUUUUGAACUAUGUGAAUUGUGCUGCUGUUCUUCAUGAAACUUGGACAGUAAGUUCAUGGAUUAGCAGUACUAGGAAUUGCUGUGGGGAGUGGCUGUUUUCAUAGUUUUUUAUUUGUACAUGCUUUUGAUAACUGAAAGAAUUACAUUGCUUGUGUUGGUGAUUUGAAUUCAUUUUAAUGCCUUGGAUAGGCUCAAGUAUGAAUGGUUGUAACAUGAUU